GAGGCACAUGUCGGUGGUUUUAAGAGAAACACGUAUAAUUCAUCCGUUAGCAGGACUUCAUCAAAAUGGAUUGUCGAUGGAUUUUCGGAAUAUUUGUUGUCAUAGCAACAGUUGUGCUAUCUUCAGCUGAUGACAGCAAAGAUGACAAAAAAGUGAAGAAACUUCAGAUUGGGGUGAAGAAACGAGUCAGUGAUUGUAAAAUUAAAUCCAGAAAAGGGGACACAUUAAACAUGCAUUACACAGGUAAACUAGAAGAUGGCACAGAGUUUGACAGUAGUGUUGGGCGUAACCAGCCCUUCACUUUCACCCUAGGUGCUGGUCAGGUUAUUAAAGGCUGGGAUCAAGGAUUGUUAGGAAUGUGUGAAGGAGAGAAGAGGAAGCUGGUGAUACCAUCUGACAUGGGGUAUGGCUCUCGCGGUGCUCCUCCCAAGAUACCAGCUGAUGCCACCUUGAUAUUUGAAGUGGAACUCCUUAGUAUAGAGAGGAAAGAUGAGCUGUAAGCAAGUCUGAGUUGCCACAACAACAGAGGCAGUGCUGUCAUUUUCAUCCAUUUGCUUUUUUCUAAUAAUAUAUGUAUGCUUAGAAACAUGGCAUAAAUUCAUUCACGUCCCUGCUAUAUUGUGUUGCUGCUAGUAGGUAAAGACUUAAGUUUCUCUUGAUUCUCAUGUUUUGCUCUAUAAUGUCAGUUCCAUUAACAAGUGAUUUUGUACUAACAUAUACAUGUGCAGGUAGCUACAUGUACAUGUUUGUGCCAGUUAACCUUUGGCUGGUCAUAGGUUUCCCCCCCCUUCCCCAGGCUCUGUUCAGUUACGUCCAAAUAUAAUGCUGGCCGCCAUCAUAUAUUAAUUGAAAGAUUCUAGAGUACAACACAAAAUAAAUAAAUAAAUAAUUAAACAGAUCCAUAGCUGAAUAGUGUACAUGUUUUUUGUACUAUCAGAAUGUGACAUACACUUUAUAUUGGAUGUUUGUCCCUCUGAAGAAAUUCCUUGCAAAAAUAAAGUUUAGUUGACAUUUAAGGCACGCUCAAGCAUUGUUGCAUAUCUUCUGUCAGAAUGUCUAUAUUAUCAGUUAUGUUUUGCAUAUUCCCCAGAAGUAUUCACCUGUAGCUGUGUUUGUGCUGUCCCCAGAAAUAUUUACCUGUGGCUGUGUUUGUGCUGUCCAUCAUGUUCAGUCUUGUCAGGGUGUUUGAGAUACAACUUUAAGAUGACAUGUUUGUUUUACAAAGUGACACUACAAAAAUGUUUUUUUCCAAUUUUUAUGAUUUGUAUGUUUUUCAAGGCUAUCCAGUCCUAUACAUUUGUCUUAAUCAGGAAAAAAUGCUGAGAUAAUCUACUUUUUUCCCCCCUACAAAUAAGGUGAUUUUCAAGUUUUAUUUUUAUACCCUUGACGUUGAAAAAAGAUUUAUUCUGGCUGUAAAACAACUAGUAAAAUUGGAGCGGGGUAAAUUGUGGGCCAAACGAGGUGUUGGAUCAAUCCCACCCUCCUAAGGGCACUUUCCUGUGGAUAUAUAAUCAGCGAAUUCACCUGACCCUUUUCCCCUCGGCCUCCACACUAGUGUUCUUGGGAUGAGCAGUUGACAGAUCUUGUUUGUGUGGUUUAACAUGAAGUUCCUGGGAUAUUACUUACAUUCCACCUAUAAGGCAUAAAUACUGAGCUCGCUCAGCAGAUGAAAUGCAUCACAUGUGGUAUAGUUUUGGACUUGCCUUAAACGGCUGCAUUGGUGAUCACCCUGGGCAAUUCGGUUUUCUUAAUAUUUGGGCCCUGAAGAAACUGACAGUGCCAUAAAUUUUCUUGAGUAUGGGAUUAAAACAUCAA